GACUGAGAAAUUAAUAGAGUACAAAACUUAUCUUCAAGCUUUACCUUAUUCUGAUCGUUCAGACUAUGUUUCUACGAUGGCCCAAGAACACGCUCAUUCUUCAGCCGUAGAGAGACUUUUGAAUUGCGAGGUACCAUUACGAGCUCAAUAUAUACGAGUGUUAUUCCGUGAAAUAACUCGAAUUUCAAAUCAUUCACUUGCUUCAACUACUCAUGCUAUGGAUGUGGGAGCAUCAACUCCGUCCCUGUGGGCUUCUGAGGAGCGGGAGAAAUUGUUGGAAUUCCAUGAAAGAGUCCCGGGAGCCAGGAUGCAUGCCAGUUUCAUACGACCAGGUGGAGUGGCACAAGAUCUGCCUCUUGGCUCAUGUCGAGAUAUUGAUUCCUCCACACAACAAUUUGCUUCUCGUAUCGACGAAUCAGAAGAGAUGUCAACCGGCAACCGUAUCUGGAAACAACGAUUAGUGGAUAUUGGUACUGUCACUGCACAGCAAGCAAAGGAUUGGGGAUUCAGUGGUGUAAUGUUAAGAGGUCCAGGGGUAUGCUGGGAUUCGCGAAGAGCAGCACCUUACGAUGUUCAUGACCAAUCGGAUCCUGACGUACCAGUAGGUACCAGAGGAGAUCGCUAUGAUCGUUACUGUAUCCGUAUCGAAGAGAUGCGACAAAGUGUUCGGAUCAUUGUGCAAUGUCCUAAUCAAAUGCCUAGUGGCAUGAUCAAAGCCGAUGAUCGUAAGCUAUGUCCUCCAUCACGAUCUCGAAUGAAACUAUCCAUGGAAUCCUCAAUUCACCAUUUCGAACCUUAUACAGAAGGUUUUUCCGUACCAGCUCCUUCUACCUAUACCGCAGUUGAAGCACCUAAAGGAGAAUUUGGUGUCUUUCUGGUCAGUAAUGGAAGCAAUCGUCCCUACCGUCGUAAAAUAAGAGCACCUGGCUCUGCCCAUUCACAAGGACUCGAUUCUAUGUCCAAACAUCACAUGCCAGCAGAUGUGGUCACCAUCAUAGGUACUCAAGAUAUUGUGUCUGGAGAGGUAGAUAGAUAGGACUACUAGUUGCUCGAUCAGGACCCUAGCUUUAUUGCGAGCAAAAAAAAAGACUUUUGUCACGCAAGAGGUCUGGUUCCGCGAACGCGGGGGAAUGAAGACACAGCCGAGCCAAGGAUGUGACUCUCAACAUCGAGACCGUGUUGGCUGGUGCCGAGGAAGACGGGAAUUGACUCGCUUUCCCGCUUGGAAAAAAAAAGACGUGAAAGAGAAGUAGUGGAGGGGGUGUCUCAUGAAAUCCUGUCCUCCCCUUCUGCUGGUGAAUGAUCUAAAUUUACUGCAACAACUCGAAAAGGAAGGGAUGUUCGCUCUGGAAUUGCUCUACUGAAAUAGAAUAGGCUCUGGCUUUCAAACUUGAAUGAACUCUGCUCCUACUCCCAUCUAUUUCUAUUAUGCCUACGCAUGGACUCCUAUGACGCUACCUACCUCGUUGGUCUACCUUCGCGCACUCUAUGUUCCUAUACCUCCUACGCGCUUUCGAUCUUCUUUCUACAUUUGAUCGAGCUCGUUCCUCAGAUCCAGAUACAGAUCUGAAACCUUCGAAGAGAUUGAAGUUUAUCCCGUUUAAGAAGCAAGAGCAAAGCUAAGACCAGUACAAAGCCAAGCACAAACAGCUAGAGCAUAGCCUGCAUUAGAGAAAGCGAAGGUAGGGGUAGCGGCAAGGGCGAGGGCGUCUGGUACCAGUGUUGCGCUUUCGUUAUCAAGAUGGUAAACCCGACACAUCAAUUGUACCCUACAGGUCGUACCUAUAACGGACCGAACACUGCCGUUACGUAGUGAUACGGCCCUGAUGGUGGGGGGUGCUUCGAUCGUUCCACUGGCGUCGCGAAUCAAAUUCAAUGAAUACGAGCGCUCUGGAAUUCCACCGAUCCUAAUUCAUCCUUCGAUACCUCUUUUCUCUCUCCAAUUCCGAAAGACUUGUCGUUUAGAAGCUGACUAGUCGACCCAGUAGCGGGGGAGAGGGACGUUCUUGUCGUCCCGGAAGGAGAGGAACUGCUUUAGGGUAAGGUCCCCGGCUUGAUGCACCGCAAGCGCCCCUUCUUCCGGAGGAAGGGGGCAGCUGCAGGAAGGGUGGGUUUCCCAAUGGGGCCUUCCAAGAAUGGCCUUUCCAGGGUGGGCCCCCCUCUGUCAAUUGGGCGUCUCCACUACAACUAAAGUGGGACCAGCUUCGGAUUGGUAGUCUGGGUAGUAGUACCAGUAGGCCCCUCCGAUGAUGAAGUGCUCUCAGCCGGGGGGCUUGCCCGUGGCCCGAAGGCACCGCCGGCAGGU